CUCGAAGGCUUGUGCAUUCUGUUCGAAGGUGGCCUCCUCGCAUCGUGCACCAUGGCAAGCCGGUGCAUGGAGUUCCACACGGAACAGGCUGUUUCUGUGAUCUUGUAGAGUUGCGUUCUUUGAUCGUUACGGCACCGCUUUGCGCACGGAGCGCGGCGUUCAAUUUGCGAGUGAUUUUCAGGAGAGUAGGGGUGGACACGGCCCCCGCCGAUUCUCGUACUGGCUACAUGCUUGUCUUCAAUGGCUUUGUCUCCCUCUGACAAUCACAAUUCCCAACUGGUUUUACCCCGCGCUCCCCGAAAUUUCGUCUCUCGUACGUCUCCUUUCUUGAUUCCGUGUAUCUCUAUUUCAAACUCAGUUUUACAGUGCAGGCGUGCCUGUGUGCAUGUUCGAGUGUUUCGUGAUGAGGUAUGUGGAUUAGGUGGAAGAAAGGAGGUGAAGCCGUUUUUGUACUCUCGAGCUAAACCAGAAGAGAGGUGGCCGCAUAGGAGUGGCGAGUUGAAUCAACAGCGGAUUGCGAGAGAGUUGGAGAGUGUAAAUCGGGUACCGUUGGGACUUGUGCCAGUCUGGGAGGAACCGGGUAGCUCGGAUGUGAGAGUAGAAAUUCCUGGGGAGGGACAUGGAUACGUGGAUAGCAAGUCGCAAACAGCGCUUGCCCGGAGGCUGCAUAGGGAAGAAGGGGCUAGGGAAAGAGAGGCUCGUCGCGAGCAGCAGAAAGGACAAUCUAAGAGGAUUCAAAGUAUGCCCAAAUUGGCGCUUAGAAAAGUGGCUGAUCUGAAGAGUAAGGCAUGGAGGUUGUCAAUUGCGAUUCGCAAAUUGGAGUUAUCGAGGCCGGUUGCUGAUGUGCUCGAUGGCUGGCCAGAGCAGUUAAAUAAUGAUGAAAUGUUAAUUGUAGUCAAGAGAGUAGGAGAUCAGGAUUGGAAACGGGCGGUAGAAAUUUAUGAGUGGCUGAAUUCUCGCAAGUUGUAUACUCCUAACCCACUCUUGCUUGCAACGGUUCUUCGCAUUCUAGGCAGGACAAACCAAUUGGAAAUUGCCCAGGAUCUUUUUUCAAAAACUGAGCAAGAGUUGACAUCAUCCAUUCGGGUCUUUAAUGCAAUUUUAGGUGCUUACGCUAAUCAAGGGAAAUGGCAGGCAGCGCAGCCCAUUCUUGAGUGUAUGGUGCAAAGAGGUUGUGAACCUGACAUCGCAACUUUCAAUUUAAUCGCAUAUGCUCGGUGCAAGGAUGGCUUGCCGCCUGGUAUGGCAUCUGCUCUCUUGAAAGAGAUCGAAAGAGCAGGUCUUAGACCAAAUGCAACAACCUACAACACCUUAGUACAUGGAUGUAUUACAAACAAUAUUAUCACAGAAGCUAAAGAGAUUGUGAAAGAAAUGGAACAGCGUGGUUUCGAACUGACUCGUUCAAGCGACGUUUUAGGAAAGGAUUGACUGAAAUUGUGCGAUGGAAAGAUGUAGCGUUUACCGACUCUGGAUGGAAGUUCUCAGCAUCAACCUCCUGGCAAUAAUGAUACGCGGAAUUUUUUAGAUGAUGAUAUUGUGCGGCAGUCAAGUUCACCAGUACAGAAUUUAUCAGAGUUCCCUCAGAUCCUUAUCGCACAUUCAAGAAUAGUGGAAUUCUCUGCUUCUAUGUUGCCGACAUUUAAGAGUUGAGCCCUCCUAACGUCGUCGCAGAGAGAAAAAUCUGAGAAAUGGUAACCGGUUUACUGCAGAUACUUCUUAGAUUAAAAAAUUACACUCUGUUCAAUAUUUUUAUUUUACAAAAAUAUCCAACAUAGGGAAAAUUCACGCGGACAGUCAAAGAUUUCCAGUACAAUUCUUAGUCAAAAUUGUGUACAGCUUGUUCAAGAGGGCUUCUUCAGGCACACUGGAGUGCGGAAGGAACUAUGCCUCAGCCUUCAUAAUUGUGGUACUUCUUCAUAUGUGCCCUAGUUCAGAAUGAUUGCGAUCUCCUUAUUACAA